AUGGCUACAUUUGGCGCUGCUUCUACAAACGUCAACCCUAACCGUUCCUCUGAGGUGGCGCAACCUCCAAGUGAUUCAGUAUCAAGCCUAUGUUUCAGUCCUAAGGCAAAUUUUCUGGUCGCUACUUCAUGGGAUAAUCAGGUAAGAUGUUGGGAGGUAAUGAAAUCAGGAAGCACAAUCAACACUGUUCCGAAGGCAUCAAUAUCUCACGACCAUCCGGUCUUGUGCUCGGCUUGGAAGGAUGAUGGCACAACAGUGUUUUCUGGAGGCUGUGACAAGCAAGUCAAGAUGUGGCCGCUGUUAUCUGGUGGUCAGCCGGUUACUGUUGCCAUGCAUGAUGCUCCUAUUAAAGAGCUCGCUUGGAUCCCAGAAGUGAAUCUUCUAGCCACUGGCAGCUGGGAUAAAACAAUAAGUAUUGGAUCUUCCCUAAAGAAAAUAUUUCAUGGAUCAGACUACGCCUUGGUAAAGUAUAAUAUUGUUUCAUACUUCACAAAAUUAGUUAUGGAUGAUGGUAAAGGGAAGCCUUACUCUAAAACUGGUUCGGCAGUUCAGUUCACUUCGACAGAAUACAAGAGAAUUGUAUCACCCCUCAAGUACCAGACCAGGUGUGUAGCUGCUUUCCCUGAUCAGCAAGGUUUCUUGGUUGGAUCAAUUGAAGGAAGAGUUGGUGUACAUCAUCUUGAUGAUAACCAAGCAAGUAAAAACUUCACUUUCAAAUGCCACAGGGAUGGCAAUGACAUUUACUCAGUCAACUCACUAAAUUUUCACCCCAUACACCAUACAUUUGCGACCGCUGGGUCUGAUGGGGCCUUUAACUUUUGGGACAAAGAUAGCAAGCAGAGGCUCAAGGCUAUGCUGAGGUGCAAUCAACCAAUACCUUGCAGUGCUUUCAACAAUGACGGCUCCAUCUUUGCAUAUUCGGUGUGUUAUGACUGGAGCAAAGGCGCUGAGAACCAUAAUCCAUCAACAGCGAAGACCUACAUAUACCUACAUCUUCCUCAGGAUGCUGAAGUUAAAGCUAAACCACGUGUUGGAACUAGCGGCAGA